CGUGUCAGUGACAGUUGUGUCGUAAUUGUUGACAGUAUUCUAUCGAUUUAAAAACAAUAAAUAACUAAUCUAAAGCUUUUCCUCAGCUUGAAACCUGUCCUUCCGUAGAAUUCUAAUCGAGACUUGGUCUUAUCAACGUGUCUAAGGAUAAUCUUCCGGAAACUUCGACUGCCGCCAAAAGUUGUGCGGGGAGAACGGGGAAACACUUUCAACUUUCAUCCUCCAUCUCUGCACACCGAAACGCCGACCUCCUCAUCGCAAACUCAGAGAUCAUCCCCGGAAAUUGACUCCGCGAGUUUCUCCAAAAUGUCUUCCGCCGUCGUGCCCAGCGACGAUCUCGACAUGGAGCCCACCCUCAAGUCGAUCCUCAACCAGGAUACCCUCCGCUGGAUCUUCGUGGGCGGAAAAGGAGGUGUGGGAAAGACUACUUCUUCCUGCUCUCUCGCCAUUCAGCUAGCCAAGGUUCGCAAGUCGGUUUUGCUCAUCUCGACCGACCCCGCACACAACCUGAGCGAUGCGUUCGGACAAAAGUUUGGCAAGGAAGCCCGUCUGAUCGAUGGCUACACCAACCUCAGUGCCAUGGAGAUUGAUCCAAACGGAAGUCUCCAGGACCUCCUGGCUAAUGGGGAGGCACAAGGCGAGGAUCCUCUGGGCGGAAUGGGUGUUGGCAACAUGAUGCAGGAUCUGGCAUUCAGCGUAAGUCAUGGCUCCCCCCGCGCCUGUAGUUUCAAGGCUGCUAACCAUCUUAGAUUCCUGGUGUCGAUGAAGCCAUGUCCUUUGCCGAAGUUUUGAAGCAAGUCAAAUCCCUAUCCUACGAGGUGAUUGUUUUCGACACUGCCCCGACCGGCCAUACUCUUCGUUUCCUGCAAUUCCCCACCGUGCUUGAGAAGGCCCUUGCGAAGCUCUCGCAGCUU